AUGGAAUAUAAAUCAUUCUAUAAAAACGCUUCCCGCGGUAAUCGUUUAGAAGAACAAAACAAUUGCCAAUUUGUGAAAUGGAAACGCGAAAUUUCCCGACAAGAUCUUCACUUUUAUAAACGAAAUCUAAAUGUGCAUGAAUUCGAGAAUGAUGAGAACGACGAUGAAGUAUUCUACAAAAAUCCGCCGGAUCAUAUACCGGAGGUGCACGAAAACAAAGAAAAUGAACGGCGGUGUAAAUACCAGGACCGACUUGCUAGACUGUUACGGUUUAAAGAGGAGCGUGCUCGAGCAAAGCAAAAUUUGGUUAAAAAGAAGCCAUUUGUUUCUGUGGUCCCCAAAAAUUAUUUAGUAGACCGGGAAUAUGAAAAAAACUUGUUUAAAAAAACUGAACCUAGAGUGGACACUCGCCGGAAAGAGCCGCUUUUAACCGUAGAAAAGAAGCAAGCAGUGCAUAUCUUAAACAUGAAGACUCCUGCUUCGAUCAAGAAAGCCAAACCUAAAGUUGAUACUUGGCGCAAGGGUGCGCCUUCGACGAGAGGAAACGACAACGGCAUGAAAAAAGAGCAGAAACCGACAGACGCACUAACGAGAGGUAAAGCAACAACAACUGCAUCGAGUGGUGCAACGACGAGCAGCAACAAGAACAAACCGAAAAACACAGCUGCUCUAAAUAGGAAGGGGGUCCUAGAGAAAGCGGGGGCUGGAAGCAGUAGACUAAUAACAUAUCAAGAAGUGCGGUCCGGGCAGAAAUCCGUUAAAUUCAAUUUCAUUUUUAAUAAGGAUUGUCCCAUGGUUACAUCGACUAACCGUAAGAAGAAGAGCCUCGAAAAACUGCCUCAAGCGAAUGCCUUAUUGCAGCAGCCCGCUGCAGCGUACAGAUUUCCCCCUAAACCAUCUAGUGAUGAUGACGACAUCUUUGUAGGUACUAGGCCGAUCGACGUUGACACUCCGACGCCAAAGAAGAUGGUCGCAGAUUCGGACGCUAUUGCCAUGCGGAAACGCGAAACUCGUCGCCGCUCAAUGAUUUUCGCCGUUGAAGAUAUAAAACCGACGCUGGUCAAGUCUGAGGCAGACGACGAUGAGUGGGAACCUCAGGUAAUCACUAUUUCGGAUGACGAAUCGCCACAUUUAGUUAAAAUUACAAAAAUGUUGCCCAAGCAAAUCAACGAAUCUUUUACUAAGCGUGAGGAAAAGGUAGAAAUCAUGCGUGACAGACGACCAACAAUCGAUGAUUUUGCAUUCGUUAAUGCAACGCCAAAAUUGAUCGGCAGUGGAGGAAAAACCUUAAGUGGUAGGCCAUCUUUAAUAUUUACCGAAGAUGAGCACAAUCCGACUGUCUCUGAAUCUGUAAAUGUUACACAGAUUAUCAGUAGUCGAAAUUCUAUAGGAUUAGUCGUAAACAGUAACAGUCGGACUAAAGAAAAUCCCAUCGUUAAAAAUACUGCUCCAUAUAAAGUUGAACUCGCGAGUCCUCAGCGCCGUUCUGGUACUCCUCGGAUGAGCUUUAUCGAGGACGAUUUGCACAUGAUGAAACCACUUGCUGAGGUAAAUCUCGCUACUGUACUGUUGAACAAACAGGAAAAUAGACGUCGAAGCAGUGGCGGAAGCAGUCGGUCUUCAUUAGUGAAUUUCCGAGAGGAAGACCAACCUCCAAACGAUUUGCGCGAAAAGGUGACUUUCUACUAUGACUUAGUUGAAAAGGAAUUAAAGCGUCUUCAGGAACUGUGUGAAAGUUACAAGGACGAUCUUGAGAGUGAAACCAUUGAUGAGAAUGGCAAAGGACUGAUAAUUGCUGCUCAAGGACAAACCAAUAUUGUUAUUAACAAAAAGCUAUCCAAGUUCAAGGAGCUAGUGGGUCACUACGAAAAAAGCUGGACGAAUCGAAAAGUGCGAGCCGAUGACUUGGACGGAUUUUGGUUGAUGGUUUCACUAGAUUUGGAAAACCUCGAUCGUCGUUUCGAUGAAUUGCGACAGCUAAAGGACAACCAUUGGCAAGAAAUUUCAAAACCACAAAAAGUCAAAAAGUUGAAGGGAAAACGCGAAAAGAAACCUAUGAAAACCAAGGCUAGCGGAAUAGCCGACUUGAUUAAAAAAGCUCGUGAAGAGGCUAAGAAGAAAAUGAUGCUGGAAUCGGUGCUGAAGGAGUCUGUAACGGUCGUAACACCAAUAAAACGCUCAGUUCGCAUUGCAACCACUCCAAGAAGAAGCAGUUUGGUGAGAAAUAGCCUCUGUGCUGAUUGUACGCCGACACCGGGCAAAAGUGAUAACAAAAAGUCAAGCAAGACUAUCUUCAACGAUCACACUUUACGGCGAAAGGAAAUCGUCAAAUCAAUUCUGAAAACACCGAGUGUAAAACGGCGUGCUAAAAGUGUUCUGUUUUUGGACUCGGGCUUUGACACACCAGAAGCUCGUGGUUCAGGUGGACGCCGUAAGAUUAUUCACACUACAAAACCGAAAAUCACCUUCAACGAAGAGCUAGAGGUGGAAGAUGUAGAAACCAUUUCGUUGACUACGCCUUAAAACUUAGAUGACGAAAUCCGAAAGCGCAGACGGAAUUCGGUUUAUGUUCAAGAGAAUACCAAUGAGGUACAACCGCAACAUAAUUGUACAAAUCUCAGAAGUAGACGAAAAACACUGCGGUUCAACGAUGAUGAUGUGGAACAAGAAGAGGCUGACAACCAGCUGAAGCGAGCGGUAACUGUAGAUUAA